ACUAACGUAAAAUAAACAGCUCGUGGAAUUAGAAAAGUUAGGAAGGGUAAAAUUGGAAAGAAAAUAUAAUCGUUACCCUAAACUCUAAAGAGCGGGUGGAGAGAAUUAAUGAACUAUCAAACCAAGUUUUCUCUGAUUUCUGGAGCGUCUUGGUGGCUUUCACGGUGAAUUUCCGUGUUGCGAAUCUUGCGAUGCGUCCGAAGCAUUCGAGUUCGUACUUUCUCUGAAGAAUCGUCUGAUUGAUAGAAGAGUUCGCUGCGCACGCUCGAUUUGAUCGUGUGGUGGUGGUGUUAGUUAAUCGGAUCGGUUCGUGAAGCUGCGGGGAUAUCUUCAGAUCGAGAUCCUUUUUAUUUGAAGAUCGAUCUUGUUUUUUAUCUUCAAAACGAAGGGGUUUUUCCUUUUUCCGCUGAGAUCUAUCAGAUCUAAUUGAAAAUUUUAUGAAUCGGCGCGGUUUUGUCUAAGCGGCGGCGAGAUUUUGUCUUCCGACGACGAUCCUUCUAAUCCUUACAAACUGAAGGACUGCUUGGAUUGGAAUUCGAGGGUUUUGACUUGAAGGGGCGUUGUCUUGUUUCUGGCUCUCGAGGACGUAUCGAAAGUUCGGCUUGCGUUGGUUCGAUCUUUCUUUGAUUAAUAGAAAAGGAAAAGCAAAGAAGAGAAAGAGUUUCAUUUUUGUACUGUUAUUUGUUUGUGUGAAUUGAAUAUCAGGGCCUGUUUUUAUUUGACGGCCUUUGCAUAGCUUUCUACUUUUUCGUAGAGCUAUUUUGUUUGUUCUUGAUUUGGCUCAAUUUUAGAGCCGAGGAAAAGAAAAUAUGGCAGUGUAUUAUAAGUUUAAAAGUGCAAAAGAUUACGACUCUAUUCCAAUCGACGGUCAUUUCAUAUCAGUGCUCAAUUUGAAAGAAAAAAUAUUUGAAUCAAAGCAUUUGGGCAGGGGUACCGAUUUUGACCUUGUAGUCACCAACGCCCAGACUAAUGAAGAGUAUCUUGAUGAAGCUAUGUUGAUACCAAAAAAUACCUCUGUUUUAAUUCGCCGAGUCCCUGGAAGGCCACGCUUGCCCAUUGUUACUCAGCCAGACGUCCCAAAGGUGGAAGACACAAUUGAGGAUACUGAACCAGCAAAGAGUACCUUCCCAGGAGCUGAGUCUGCUGUCGUUAAAUAUACCGAUGAUUCGGAUUGGGAUGAAUUUGGAAAUGACUUGUAUGCCGUUCCUGAGGUAUUGCCAGUUCAGUCAAACCAGCCGAUACUGGAUGCUCCGCCUCCUAGUAAAGCUGAUGAAGACAGCAAGAUAAAGGCUUUAAUUGACACUCCAGCCUUGGAUUGGCAGCGCCAAGGUUCUGAUGGCUUUGGUGCUGGUAGAGGUUUUGGAAGGGGUGUGGGUGGAAGAAUGAUGGGUGGUCGUGGUUUUGGUCGAGUUGGUUUGGAGCGGAAAACACCUCCACAAGGAUAUAUAUGUCACAGAUGCAAGGUGCCUGGGCAUUUUAUCCAGCAUUGCCCCACAAAUGGUGAUCCGAAUUAUGACAUCAAAAGGGUAAAGCCUCCAACUGGUAUUCCAAAGUCUAUGUUAAUGGCAAACCCAGAUGGAUCAUAUGCUUUGCCAAGUGGUGCAGUUGCUGUACUGAAGCCAAAUGAGGCUGCUUUUGAAAAAGAAAUUGAAGGUUUACCUUCCACUCGUUCUGUUGGUGAUCUUCCACCAGAGCUCCACUGCCCAUUGUGCAAGGAAGUGAUGAAAGAUGCUGUCCUUACCAGCAAGUGUUGUUUCAAAAGUUUUUGUGAUAAGUGUAUCAGGGACUACAUUAUUUCGAAGUCAGUUUGUGUCUGUGGGGCCAGAAAUGUACUUGCAGAUGAUCUUCUGCCGAAUAAGACACUUAGGGAUACAAUUAAUCGCAUUCUAGAGUCAAACAACAGCAGUGCUGAAAAUGGUGGAAGUGUAUUCCAGGUUCAAGACAUGGAGUCUGCUCGUUGUCCACAGCCAAAGGCUGCAUCCCCCAAUUUGUCUGCUGCAUCAAAAGGAGAGCAAAUGCCACCCCCUCAAAAUGAAGGAACUUUGAACAUUAAAGAGACCACAGAUGAGGGAAAGGCCGUUAAUGCUCCUCAGCAGACCUCAGAGAAAGGAAAGAUGGCAAAACCUGCAGAUGUGUCCGAAGCUACACUUGAAUCAAGAAGCAUAAGGGAACCACCUUCACAGAUUAGUGCUCCACUGGCUGAAGAGGAAGUGCAGCAAAAGGCUUCUGCCGAGGCUGGAAAGAAAAAGAAGAAAAAGAAAGCCCGCUUGCCAAUAAAUGCAGCAGAUAUGCAGUGGAAAACCCCGCAAGACCUUGCAGCUGAGAACUUUAUGAUGCCUCUAGGGCCUUCUGCAUAUAAUCCUUACUGGAGUGGCAUGCAGCCUGGAAUGGAAGGAUAUAUGGCUCCAUUUGCUGGUCCAAUGCCAUAUAUGAAUUAUGGACUCAGCCCCUUGGAUAUGCCAUUUGGAGGUGUUAUACCUCAGGACCCUUUUGGUGCGCAAGGCUAUAUGUUACCUGUUGUUCCACCCCAAAGGGACCUUGCUCAGUUUGGAAUGGGCAUGAAUGCUGUGCCUCCUAUCAUGAGCAGAGAAGAAUUUGAGGCUCGGAAAGCUGAUUUGAGGAGGAAGCGUGAAAAUGAGAGGCGUGAAAUUGAGAGAAGGGGUGAAAUGAGGGAGUUUCCUAAAGACCGAGAUUUUGGUAGGGAAGUGAGCAGCAGUGGCGAUAUGCCCUCAAUGAAAUCCAAAUCUGUGCAGAGGCCGAUCCUACCGGCAACGGCCGCCGAUAACCACCGCCACCGCCGCGCCGAGAGGAUUUCCCCAGAACGCCCCAGCCGCGACCUCGAACCACCGCCACGCCCAACGAAAAGAAAGCCGGAUCAACAUCACCAUGACCGCGACCAUCACGACCGCCACGAGCACCAUCAUCAUCACCGCUCGGAGUCGUCGGCAAGAGCAUCCUCCGCCUCCGCCGCUGCCUCCACCGCCACCGAAGCUGCCAGCAAGUCCGCGGCAGAUCGCAAGCAAAAGGCGAGCGUUUUCUCUCGCAUAAGCUUCCCCGCCGAAGAGGCCCUCUCAAAGAAGAGGAAGCUCCCAUCUUCCACGGAAGCUCCGGGUUCCUCUGCAUCGUCGGCUCAUAACCACAGGUCGUUAUCCAACGGGUACCACGAAGAGUGGAAACCGUCGUCGACGGCGAAGGCGGUGCCGUCGUCCGGUGGGGCGGGAAAAAGGGGCGCGGCGGAUUACGAGUCGAGCGACGACGAGCGGCAUUUCAAGAGGAAGCCGUCGAGGUACGAGCCGUCGCCGCCGUCGGCGACUGAGUGGGAAGAAGAAGGGCGGCAUUCGAAGGGGUCGAGGGAGAGGGAGCGGGGAGGUUACAGCAGUAAGCACAGAUAGUGCACAGUAGGUGGGAUCCCUUCGAGGUAGCUGUGAGAUGCUUGAGUUUUGUGGGAGUGAUGCAGGUUGUGCAGAGCUCCAUCCAAGAACAGGAUGAUAUGCCCAUUGGUAAAAAUCCAUUAAUAUGGAGCAGGAAGGUAAGGGAUGGGAGAGUGUUUUGAGGGGGAUAAUUUUCAUGGGGAAGGAGAAGGAACAAGAAGAUCCUUCAAAAUGAAUCCAUUAAUUUGGGGAAGGGAGCGUGUUUUUAGGGGAUAAUUUUGGAGAAGGAACAUGAACAUCCUUCAAAAUUAUUCCAUUAAUUUGGGGAAGGGAGAGAGGUUUUUACGGGAAAUUUUCAAAAUUGGAAUGCGCUCUGUAUUUGCUUUUUUCUAAUACUGAUACUUAUAUAAAUAAUACGGUUUUUGAUAUACCCUUAUUUUCUUAA